CAUGUCUCUCGUUUCCCUUGGCCCUAACCAGUCUGAAGAAGGGACUCGACCCGAAACUUCACCCAUUUCUUUUCUCCAGAGGUGCUGCCGAGUUACUCCAGCUUUUUUGUGUCUAUCUUCGGUUUGAACCAGCAUCUGCGGUUCCUUCAACACAGAUGAAAACGCCAGAUAUAUUUCUAUCGCCCAGCUGAGCUGAGGGUUUGUUUGUGUGUGUGUGUGUGUGUGUGUGUGGAGUGACGCAGGCGGGGAGAGAGUUGACGCACAGAGGUUGGAUUAGCAUCCAGUCCCCACCUCCUUGUUGUAUUCAGCCCUGGUGUACCUGCUCCAGCGGCACCGCUGUCCAACGUCCUGAAACUGCAGCCAGCACUUCGCUUCGCCUCGCCUCGCCACCGCAGCCAUGCCUCUCAGACACACUGUAUGUGUCCUCCUCUUGCAGGCUGCUGCAUUGGUGCUACAUCAGGUCAACGCAUUCCCAACUCCUGCAGGAGCCCAAGACAAAGCUGUAUCUAAUCUGGAGUUAUCAGCAGAAAGACCAGUGGAAGUACAGGAACUGGACGGCCACUCAUCAUCGACAGAGAACAAGGUCCCCCUGCAGAAUGACUCGUUUGCGGAUGACCUCAUGCUGCUGAAAUCAUUGGCGGAGAAAGAAAGUGAGAAGUCGGGGGACGUCAGCAAAGACUCUCCGACCAACGUCUCCGCUCCUCCCGCCCGCAGUGUCAAUUCCACCAAAAGCAGGAGACUCGUUCACGAUUACGACGAUUCCACAAAGAAUGCAAUGGAUUACAAAGAUGAAGAUGACCCUGAUGGUCUACACCAGUUGGAUGGAACACCCUUGACUGCCGAAGACAUUGUCCAGAAAAUCGCCAAUAGAAUUUACGAAGAAAAUGACAGAGGAGUGUUUGAUAGAAUCGUUUCUAAACUCCUAAACCUAGGACUGAUAACAGAAAAUCAGGCGGACAAUCUGGAAGAAGAAGUUGCCAUCUCUUUGCAACAACUUAUCACCAAUGAAGCCCAUAAGAAUGAAGUCAGGGAUGAAAAUGAUGAUCUCCCUGUUCUGAAGACAGAAGCCGACCGGCGUGAUCGAGACAGGGAGGAGGACGAGAAAAUCGCAAAAGCUGCAAAGAAACAACGCGAGCUUGUGAAGAAGGAGAGAGACCGGACACCCACCAUUAACAAGAACCAAGGAAACAAUCUGCCAGUUGCCCAGGACAUGGAUGAUCUUCAAUACUUUCCCAACUUCUACAACCUGCUGCAGAGUUUAAACACAGAGCAAGACGCAAAGGAGAAGGAAACAUUGAUAACCAUCAUGAAAACUCUAAUUGAUUUUGUGAAGAUGAUGGUGAAAUACGGAACAAUUAAACCAGAAGAAGGCGUUUCAUACCUGGAGAAUCUCGAUGCAAUGAUCGCAGUGCAGACAAAAAACAAGCUCGGCAAAGUCAAGCCCUAUGCCAUAAGUAAGGAAACAGAAGGUACGAUCGAUGACUUAGACAGCACAAAGAACUACGUAAAGCAGGACAAAGAGACGGCCAAUUCUGAGGAUUCCACGAAAGAGAUAGUGGAAGAAACAGAAGAGGAGAAAGAACUUGACAAAACAGAGUCUUACCUUUCGGCAAUCAGAAAGAAUAUCGAGUGGCUGAAGAAACACAAGCAGGGGAACGGGGAAGGUUAUGAGCUUGAGAAGUUGCGAGACACCAUUGACCAACAAGUUGACAACUACGUACAAAAAGGGAUCCUGGAGGAAGGAGAAGGAGAUAUUAUCAAACGUAUCUAUGAUAGCCUGUGACACCCUCUAACGCAGAAAGGAAGUGAUCCUCAUCCUUCAACAACAGCUGACCCUAUAAGUUUAUUUACAUAUAGUUUGUAUUAGGAUAUUUGAUAAGCUUUAAUUUUUUUUUUUCCUUGGCUAUUCUGUCGUGUCAAGCAGAUUCAGGGACUCAUUACUGGAAAGAUUGCUCGGAAAUAGGCCCUUCGGCCCACCGAGUCCAUGCCGGCCAUCGAUCACCCUUUCACACUAGUUCCGUUAUCUAACUUUCUCAUCCACUAAGGGCAAUUUACAGAGGCCAAUUAACGUACAAACCCGCACGUCUUUGGAAUGUGGGAUGUGAAAACCCAUGGAUUAGUACGGGUGUCAGGGGUUAUGGGGAGAAGGCAGGAGAAUGGGGUUGAAAUAGAUCAGUCAUGAUUGAUUGGUGGAGUAGACUUGAUGGGCCGAAUGGACUAAUCCUGUUCCUAUCACAUGAACAUAAACCAGAGCACCCAGAGGAAGCCCAUGCGGUAACAGGAGGACUUGCAAACUUCACAAAGACUGCAAGAACUGGUGGGGGGGGGGGGGGGGGGGGAGGGGACUGGCAGGGAAGGUGCAGAUGAUACCCCACCCACGUCCCCUUCAGCCCUGCUGUUAGCUGACAGCACACAACCGCAGUCUCAACGGACUGUCCCCCAGCUUCUGAAUAGAAACUGCAUAUUUACUGCAGGGCUGUUAUACACGACAAAGCUUCAUAUCCUCAAGGGGCUGUCCCACUGUACAAGGUAAUUCAAGAGCUCUCCUGAGCUUUUGAAAAAUGUCAAAAAAAUGUCCACGAGAGCCCCGAGUACCUACGAGCGGCUAUUACCGUAAUUCUCCGAGUUCAAAUCAGGGGAAACUCGGGAGAACUCUUGAAUUACCUCGUACAGUGGGAGAGGCCCUUGCCACCCCUCCUCAAACAAGGCAUUUCACGAGAAUGUCUGUGCCGAACAUGAUGCCAAGUCACCCUGCCUGUUCCGCUGUUCCCCCCCACCAACCAUUCCAACCCUAAGUUCCACCACCUGUGACCCACCAAGCAGUUUGCUACGUCAAGGCAAAGUCUGAAUUCACAGGAGAUUAUCCAUGUACUUUGAUUUCCUUUCCCAGUUAAAAUUUAUCUCUUGGCCUCCGUGUCAUCUCUUGCUAACAAUAUUCCAUCUGAUGAAUUUACGAAGUAUACCUUUUUAUUAACUAUUUGCAAGGAAUUGUGGUGAAUUAAUACAGGUUUGGAAGAGUUCCCCCGAAGCUUGUUUGGAUGUAAAUGAUGUCAAAUGUUUAUCCCCCGAUUUUGCUCCACGGCAAUUUAGUUUGUUCCGUUACAUUGGUAGAUCUUUAAUUUCAAAAAUAACACUGACUUUUCCUACCAAGAAGUGGUUUCUGUAAAAUUACAAAGGCCACUCAAGUGGUAAGAUCUCUUCCCUCUGUUUGAAGAGUAACUUUUCCAAACUGAUUGCAUCGUAGUCGAACAGUGCAGAAACAGGCCCUUCGGCCCAACUGGUCCCUGCCGACCAAGAUGCCCCAUCUAAGCUAGUCGCUGUAUGUUGCGUUUGCAUCACAAAGUCACGUCUAUUGUGUUUGUAGAGAAGGGGGUGGUGGAAAUGAGAGAUACAUUCACUUCUCCAGAAUGUAUUACACAUUGAAUCUUGGCUCCUUUGUGUAAAUGAUUCCCCAUCAUGUGGUUGUCAGUAAAUGUAAGAAGUAUUUUGUUCAAGUGUAAAUAUAUGUUAAACUUUCAAACUUGUGUAAAAAUGCUACAAUUAAAUUGAUUUGAGUUUUCUUUACGAACUUAA